AUGAAUAACAUUGAAUAUAAUUAUGAUCCUCGAUACCUAAUUGAACCAAUACAAGGAAAUCAACCACCAGAGACAAUAGCCACAUCAUCAUCUCAUUAUGCUCCAUUAGCAACAAAUGACAAUCAACGAUAUCCAUUAAAUAAUUAUUCAACAGGAUCUCCAUCACGUGUUGGCGGAGUUAAUUUAAUUCGUCAAGAUUCUUAUAUAACAGCUGCUCGAUCAACUAAUCAAAAUGAACAAGGAAAUUUUGUUAGUUUGCAUGAUUUUGGUCAGCUUGAUUUUUUCUUCAACCCUGAAACACCUAUUCUUCGACACAAAGUUCCUCAAUAUGGAAGAACACCUGAAACAUCCGAACAAGAAUUAAAACAACGUCGAACCUCAUAUUUAAUUGCAACUGAUCAACGAAUAGCAUCAAAUAGAGAAAAUUAUCUUCCUGCAGAUUUUGUUCGAACAAAUAAAAAUGAAAAUUAUUCUUAUGAUGUUGAUCCCGAACAACAACAGAAAUUAAGAAAUGCACCUCAUCCUCAAACACAAGCAAUUAAGAAAUUAAAAAUGUUUUUUGGCGAAGGAACUCCUCAAGUAGCACAUGCACUUGAUCAUCGUCCAUCAUCAACGAUUAAUCAAUCGAAAUCGAAUGCUUAUUUUGAUGAUUCAACAACAAAUUUACGAGAAUCCAUUUUAUUAACAACAUUGGCUGAUAAUUUAGAAGCAUCAAAAGAAGGAAUACUUUAUUGUAAGACUGUAUUAAAAGAAGGUCGUCGAGCACCUGAUCGUUCAUGGCGUGGAGCUUUAUUUCUUGGCAAAGAAAAAAAAUAUGGAUUAUUAAUUCCACUUUCAUGUGAUUCAUUUCCAAUUAGUCUUCUAAAUGCUGAUGUUGAAUUAGCAAGUGAUUAUACACCAGAUUUACAAUCAUUAGCAGAAUGGUUAGAAGUUAUUAAAGAAAAUUGUAUUUUGUCACAAACAGAACCGGAUAAUCAACAAUUAAUUAUUAAUAAUCAAGAAAAACCUCAAAGAAAAAGUACUUCAUCAUUACCACCUAUUGCACCUAAUCAUCAUAAUAAUAGUGAACAAGAUUUAACAUGUCCAACUGAAGAUUCAAAUAAAUUGAGUCCGUCAAAUGGUCGAAAAUCUAAAAGUUCUCAUCGAAGUCCAUCAUUAAAACGUUCUCCAAGUCUUCGCUUUCGUAAAUCUCAAAAAGUAUCUAUAACACAACCAACACAAUCAAUAUCAUCUUUAAGUGGAAUAAAUUCUCCAUCAAAUGUUUCUCCUCGUCGUUCAUUUGUUAAAUCAAUUGUAAAAAAAGGUCUCCGAACAUUAAAAUCUUCUUCAUCAUUAUUAACAAGUCAAAUGAGUGGACAAAUUUAUGACGAAAGUAAAGUCCGUUCCAAAGUAUAG